AUGGCAGAACCUAGUGUGUGUGUGAAAAAACUACAAGGCAAAGUAGCCAUAGUCACCGGCGGUGCAAGCGGCAUCGGCGAAGCCACCGCUCGUCUUUUCGCCGAUCAUGGGGCAAUCGUCGUAAUCGCUGACAUCCAAGACGAACUCGGCCGAUCUGUAGCACAAUCCAUCGGCUCACAUCACUGCAGCUAUGUCCACUGUGACGUCAGUGACGAAGAACAAGUCAAAACUCUAGUAGCUUUCACCGUCCAAACCUACGGCAAUCUCGAUAUCAUGUUCAGCAACGCGGGAACUAUAAGCAGCUCCGAUCAGACUGUGCUCGACCUUGAUGUUUCUCAGUUCGACCGGUUGUUUGCAGUCAACACGCGAGGCAUGGCAAUUUGUGUGAAGCAGGCGGCGCGUUCAAUGGUAGAGCGGCGCGUGAAGGGAAGCAUCGUGUGCACGGCAAGCGUAGCGGCGAGUAGAGGAGCAAACAUGCGGACCGAUUACAUUAUGUCGAAGCACGCUGUGCUUGGGCUGGUUCGUUGUGCAAGUCAUCAGCUUGGAGGGUAUGGGAUUAGGGUUAACAGUGUGUCGCCUUCGGCGGUACCAACGGGGUUGACUUGCAAGUCGCCGGAGGAGAUGAUGGGAGUUCGAAAGAGGUACGAGCCACUCACAAGCUUGAAAGGGACUGUGCUAAGUGUCAGACACGUCGCAGAUGCUGUGUUGUUUCUCGUCUCCGACGAGUCUGCGUUCAUAACCGGACAUGAACUCGCCGUCGACGGCGGGUUGAUCAGUCUUCCACCUCCGGUCAGUUUAGAAGCUAAUUAA